AUGUCAGGUUUCGAGAUUGCCGGAACCGUCCUGGCAGCACUACCGCUCGUGAUCAACCUGAUCAGCGAGUAUCGAGAAGGCCUCGACGCCGUCCGGACCUUGACCUCCCACCGCAGGUAUCGGAGAGAACUCGAACGCUACGAGAAUGGGCUCAGCACCCAGAACACCAUCUUCCGGAACGUCCUGGAGCAGGUUCUUCUCCGAAUUGUCCACAAUGACGAAGAUAUGGCGGAACUGUUGCAAAACCCAGACAGUGAGCUUUGGCAGCGUAGUCCGUACGACGGAGCCUUACAAAAUAUGUUGGGCUCCAGCCACGGAGCAUUCAUGGCUACCAUGAGAGAGCUCGUUCACCUCCUCCAAAGCCUAAAGAAAAAGCUUGGUGGCGAACCGCCGUCGGCUAGAAUGCGAGAGCUCAAACGGCUCAAAGAUGUCCUGUCGAGAGAUUUCUACGAUACCCUCCUCGACAAGAUCCAAGGCGCAAAUCGAACUCUUCUUACGCUCGUCGAACAAGUUGAUUCGAUAGCAGACAUCCGAAAAAACCGUCGGCCGGUGCGCAAGUUGAUACAAGAAUAUAGCAGGGUUAGACACCAUGCACGGAGCGUCCAUGACACAUUUGUACGAGGAAGUUGUUGGAAGUGCCCCUGUAAGUCACAGCAUAUCGUUCAACUGCGCUUGGAGCCUCGUCCCUCAAGAUCCAACGCUUCUGAGCCCAGAAGUCCCGGAAGCAGCUCAAGAUUUACCGUCAACCUAGUGUUGUGCGGGCCAAAUGACACGACUGGGGCGUUCGUUGCCGGCGGAGAGAUCGAGAUCCAGUCAGCCGAUGUUGAAGCCAACCCAGAGCCAGCAGCCGUGGCCCAAAAUCUCAAACAGCUAGAGAUCUCCCAAGUCACUCAGGUUAGCGGGCAGAAAAAGGAAGUCCGCUUCAGCAUUGUCAAGUCAACACUUGACGCGAUACAGCCGACCCAAGAAAUCUCCAGUCAACGGCAGAUCCAUGAUCUCUGCAAUGCCUUCAGUCAAUGCCCACCGGAGAUAUCCAAGCGCGAACAUAUGGGGUUCAUCAUUGACAACCUCAAUGGCCGUCGACAUGAUAUCUACCGAAUUCGAAAGUUGCCCGGCAACCAGUCUAUCCGCUCGGUCGCCAGUAUCCUCACCGACCCUUCCAUGCUUCUCCGCGUAGGCCACUUCCAACUCCCGGCUAUCAACCGACGCAACCGCCGAUACCUGGCAGCCACAUUGGCGUCGAGUGUACUCCAAUUGCACGGCAGCUGGCUGCAAUCGAAUUGGGGACUCAAUGAUAUCCUGGUGCUCGAGCAGCCCGAUUACUGCAGCAACGAGAUCAGUUUCCCCUAUAUCUCUCGGGCCUUGGUUGAGGCAGCGAUGGAGAACUGUCGGAGAGCCGGCGGCACCAUGAUCACUUCAGCUCUCAUCCGAAGCGGCAUCCUUUUCCCACUAGGUCUAACGCUUGUCGAGUUAUCGCUGGGACAAUCCCUACAAGCCCUGCACUUGCCGGAAGACGAUGACCCUGUCGAUGCGGUGGCCAAUCUCAAAACUGCAUCUCGUUUGCUAGAGUUGGUGCUCAAUGAAAGUGGCAGCCGUUAUUGCGACGUGGUCAAAACAUGUCUGUUCUGGACGGGCCCAGAUGGAAACGAGCUUGAUGACGAACGACUGCAAUGCGCCGUCUUUGAGAAGGUUGUGAUGCCACUUCUUGAUGACUACGAUGACUUUGAAGGCAACUCUUUCAUCCACUGA